AUGAAUGUGGGGGUGAAGGGGAUGGGUGAGGAGAGGAGUGGGGGGGGGGGGGGGGGUUUUUUGUGUGGGUGUAGGGGGGGAAGGAUUGGAGAGUUGGGUUUAGGGGUUAGGGGUGGGGGAGGGGAAAUGUGGGGGGGGGGGGGGGGGUGUAGGGGGAUGGGGGUAGGUUAUGUUAUUGAGGGGGGGUUUGUUAAUAGGGGGGGGUUGGUUGUGGUUGGUUAA